AUGCAAGCAUUCGAUGUGGUUGCAAUCACAUCGGCAAUGAAGGCCUGGUUCUUAAUUUGCACAUUCACUUUCAGUUUCAGCUUAGAGCUUGGCGCUCUGAGCCACAAUACGAAAUCGACGGCAGAUCGAAUUCUUGAUUUUGGCUAUCACAGUGAGACACAUAAAGUCACAACAACAGAUGGAUAUGGGCUGACGUUAUUCCGCAUUAGGCCGGCCAGAAUAAGAGAUGACCGAAAUCCCAAUGGGCCAGUUGUAUUAAUGAUGCAUGGCUUAAUGAGUUCCUCUGAUGGCUGGGUUAUCAAUGGACCUUCGCAGGCUUUGGCUUUCCUAUUGGCCGAGGCAGGUUAUGACAUAUGGUUGGGAAAUGCCAGAGGCAACCCUUAUUCCCAGCAACAUAGAAAAUGGUCUAACGCAACACAACGUUUUUGGCAUUUCUCCAUACAUGAAAUUGGAAUCUAUGAUCUGCCGGCCAUUAUGGAUUAUAUACUGCAUGUAACCCAGCAAACAUCUUUACACUAUGUAGGUCACUCGCAAGGUUGCAUGAUUUUAUUGAUUCUACUCUCCACUCAUAAGGAGUACAACGAUAAGAUAAGAACGGCUCAUUUAUUGGCCCCGGUGGCCUUUAUGAAACAUGCCAAUCAAUUUCUGUUGCGUUUGAUUGCCUUACUCUUUGCAAGACCUAGUCCAUUGAAUGCUCUCAUAGGCGACAGACCCUUACUGCAAAGCCAGCUGAUAAUGGAUUUUCUGGGAGGCAAUCGUUGCCGACCCAUAACUUCUUACCCGUUGGAGUGUUCCAAUGUUUUAUUUCUUGUGAGUGGAGGCUGGUCGGGAUAUUUUAAUAAGACUUUAUUACCCUCCAUCUUUGCUACUCAUCCGGCAAGUUGUUCCACCAAUCAGUAUAUACAUUUGGCCCAAUUACAUGUGACCGCUAGAUUUCAUGCCUUUGAUUUUGGCCGUGAGGAAAAUCUGCUGCAAUAUUCUCGACCAGAACCUCCUGCCUACGAUCUUUCGAAAAUCAACACCCUUUUACCAAUACACAUCUAUUAUAGUGACUAUGAUGAAUUUGCUUCAAAACGCGAUGUUGAAUAUCUUAUCCAAGUUAUGGGUAAGAGGGCCAUAUCACAUUUUGUAGAUCUGCCACAAUUUACCCAUACGGAUUUUAUAUGGGCCAUCAAUGUCAAGGAAACAAUCAAUCGGCCCAUAUUAGAUAUAAUGAAUCAAGCAGAGGGAACAUGA